GGCGUUCUGACCGUGAGCUAAAUAGCGAAUCAACCCCAACUCAGAAUCCUGUACGGAAUCUGCUUUUAGUUUUGAUAUCAACACCGUGUCUGGAGUUUUAUUAUCGAAUUUAACUCGUAUUUAAUUAGUGGUUGAAAGUAUAAAAUGGGUGAUACUAAUAAGUGAAAAUAUUAGUUCAAAAAAAUGACUCGAAAGUUUGGAAAGAAGCGGAAUUCUAAAGUGUCGAUACAAAACGAUUUUAUAUGAUUAUUUAAAGAUCUACUAUGUAAUGAGUGCAGAUGUAGAACUUUUCACAAAAUGGGGAGCCUACCGAAUUUGCACGAGCUUGGAAGGUCUCAAGGAGGAGAAUCGGGCUACAGACCAGGGCCUGCCCUUGGUCAUUUGUGUGGUGGGUGUACUAAUGCCCUUACAGAAAUGGAAAGAACGAAAAUUUUACAUAGAUUUUCCGGCCAUAAUAGAAUUACUAAAGCCAGAAGUAAUCCACAAGACCCUCAUAAGAUAGUAUAUGAUGAAGUAACAGUGGAGGGAAUAAGGCGAAGGGAUUCAAUCAACAGUUCCAUUGGUGCUACAUCUGUUAGAAGACUCUUGGCUGUAGUGAGAGGAGGAAACCAAAGUGGUCCUAUCGGUCGACAUGAAUGUCCAGUUUACACGAAGAGGAUACUGAUAGCUAAUUUGAUAGUAAUAUGUUUCAGUCAUUUAUUUUCGUCGGUACCGUUGUUGUCGUUUUUGGUACUACAAAGUUCCGUUACGGUAUGGUACGAUUCAUCUGUUUCAGAAAUAAACGCGUACCGAGGAUCUUAUUUGGUAGCUGGUAGUUUCCUGAUAGCGGCCAUAAUGACUUUACUGUCGCCAUGUAUAUUGAGAAUACUCAGUCCCGGUACCACUGCUGCCUUUUGCCACGGUUUAAUGAUGAUUUUCUAUCUCUCUCACAUGUACAACACCGUAUUCGUGACAAUCCCAGUUUAUAUUUUACUAGGAAUAAUACAGGGUGUACUGUAUUGCGCCAAUAUAUCUUUUCUUCUUAUUCUGUCACAUAAAAUCACCGGAUUGUUUCACGAGGAAGACGAUGAUGGAAGGAUAACCAGAAGAACCGUCAUUAUUCGAAGAACGGCGAGGGCGUUUCAGGGUUCACAUGAUAUUGGACUUAUGUUGGGGUCUUUAUUAUCAGCAAUGAUUAUAAGUCACACUUUUCGCUUGAACAAUACCAAUGUUCUUGUGUCUACAAAUUCUACUGUCGAAUCUAAUGUUUGUACUUAUAACACCAGUUACCAACUACCAUACUGCCAAAAUAGCACAGAUUACAGUUCUUCCAAUCUUUAUGAUUCUAAUAGUAUUUUGGACGACAUUUUUGAUAAAUCGGAAGAUGGAAGACUGUGCGGUGCCCAGGCGUGUCCAGUUAGUAGUUCUUCAUUGAAUUCAUCAUCUAUAAUAGAAUCAGGAUUUAGGAUUUUACCCGAACACACAACAAACAUUUUAGUGACAGUUUAUGGCGUAAUGUGUGGGGUAGCAAUGGUUUUAGCUAUCUUUGGAUUGGACACUAGAAGACAAGUUAUAUAUCAGAAUUCUAUGGACAAGGGAAGUAUAUUGGUAGCUUUAAGGGCAGUAAAGGAGAGCUUUAGAGAUAUAAGACUGCAAAUGGCUGCACCUUUAGCUGUUUUCAUAGGAAUUGAACAAGCUUUCAUGUAUGCUAGUUUCAGCAAGUCUUACGUUGUUUGCACUUUAGGAAUAAAUAGACUGAAUUUUGUUUUUUUGGGAAUGGGGUUACUACAAUCAGUAGCAGCUUGUACGCUCAGCAUGCUGCUGAGAUCUGUCCGAAGAUAUUACGUUGUGGGUGUUGGUUUCGCGUUUCAUGGUUGUCUUUUUAUGGUUCUUAUCGUGUUAAAACCGAGCGAAGAUGACCCAGCUAUCUUCUAUGUGAUAUCGGCUGCCUGGGGAGUGUGUAAUGCCACGUGGGAAAUGCUCAGUUUCACUUUCCUAACUGGACAUUAUGCCGAUCACUGGGAAGCCCCUUUUAUCAAUACGGCCUUUUUCAAGUUUUCGGGACUGUCUCUAUCGUUUUUUCUCCACGGUUUCCUCUGUAACAUAUGGAAAUUGUACUCUAUAGCUUUCCUCAUGGUUAUAGCUGUAGUUUUUUUUGCUUGGCUGGAAAUAUGGCUGGAAAACGUGAGAAAAGUGAAGAAUAUAUCUAGAUUAUGACCUAGACUUAGCUUUUGGUAAUACAUAGCGAACAUAUCAGCAAGGUUCAGAAUUCUUUUUAAUCAGUGAUACAUUAUCUGAUUAAAUCAAAAACUCUUUGAGGAAUUUCAUAUAAAAUUUAUUUCAUAUUUCGGAAACUAUGAUCUGAAUGAUUAAAAUUAUCCUAUUCCGAAUAGUUCAAACAAAAUAAUGGAUUUGAGGUUAUAUUUCUUCCAAUAUCAAUAGCAAAAACAAUGGAGAGGAUGCGUCCUCGUGGACUGACGGUUUGUUAGAUGCUUACGGAAUUUUAUACGGGGAGUAAAAUUAUUUUUCAUUUCUUAAAUUGAUAUGACUGCCGUGCGUAUUUAUGAAAUAUUGAUUGUUCCUCGCAUAACUGUCUUCUGCAAUUGAUAUCGGAAGAACCAUAACGGUUGUUGUACCAUCUUACUCUACCGCCACAUAACAUCGAUUCUACGAGGCAUAUUUUUUAAGUAAGUACCGUUUUGGAAUUAAAAAAGAAAGUGCAAAGAUAUCGCAAUAAUUUUAUUUUUACAUGAAAGCCUGUACCUUAAUCUACUUUUCUACAUAAUUUCCGUGAAUAUUGAGGCACUUGUCAUAACGUGUCACCAGUUUUUGAAUACCCUCCUCAUAAAAUUCUGCCGCCUGACUUGUUAACCACUGUAUCACAAUUGUUUUGACUUCGUUAUCGUCUUGAAGACGCUGACCGUCCAGGUGUUUCUUCAAGUGCAGGAACAAAUGGUAGACGCUGGGCGCCAGAUUAGGGCUGUAGGGAGGAUGAUCUAGAGUUUCCCAUUAAAAAGAUUUGUUGAGAUCUUUGGUCCGAUUAGGACGGGCAUUGUCAUUCAGCAAAACGAUACCUUUACUCAACUUGCCACGUCUUUUGUUCUGGAUUGCACGACGCAGAUUGUUCAAUGUAUCACAAUAAGACCCAUGAUUUUCCGGGCAGAAAUUGUUUGCUUAAACUUUACUUUUUUGGGUGAUGAUGAAUGUGGCCAUUCCAUGGAUUGUUGUUUCGAUUCUGGUGUGACGUAGGCCACCCAGCAAUGUUUCGUCCCCAGUAACAAUUUGGUCUAAAAAAUCUUCACCUUCAUUGUGCUACCACUCAAGGAAAGUCAAUGUACUGCCUAAGCGUUAGGUUUUGUGCAAAUUCUUCAACAUUUUUUGGAACCCAACGUGAACACAAUUUACGGUAUUUCAAGUUCUCUGUCACAAUGCAAAGCGUUUGUUUUCAUUCACCUUUUCGUCCACUUUAUGCACCAAAUCUUCAUUAACGACCGAAGGACGCCCACUCCGUUCUUCAUCAUGCACAUUUGUGCGGCCAUCUUUAAAUGCUCUCACCCAUUUCCUUACCAUUCCAUCACUCAUAAUGUUUUGUCCACUGAUCUCACGAUGAAUAUCGAUCGGUAUUACGCCUUUAGCACUAAGAAAUCGUAUAACAGCUCGUACUUCACAAUCGGCGGGAUUCACGAUUGUCGGAGGCAUCUUAAACCCUCAGUAAAUAACGUAUACAAUGAAGAAUCAGACUGUAAUGGCAUCUGUGUGUAGACCUUGGGGUUGCGCCGGCGGAAUCGCAAAACGGUACUUACUUCAAAAAUAUGCCUCGUACUUUGUUCCAUGUGGGAUAUUACAAUUCAUAUUCCAUCCCACCAGUUCGCCAACACACAAUUCUGCCACAAUGAUCCCGAUCCAGUUUACUAAUCGAAGUAUUAUAUCAGAUGAUUGGUUAUUUCGUUUUCGAGUUACUUAGGCUUGCAGUUUUUGUACUUUACGACAUAAGUUCUCAUAAGUAUCAAAUUUGAAUGUAAAAGCCUUGUACUUGGGUAAAUAACGGCUCAAUAACAAUUAUUUAAUAUCUAGAAUCAAUUAUACAACUGAAUAAACAUCUAUAAACAUUAAAUAUCAUGAAAAAUUACUUUCAUUGAAAUAUCGUUCUCGUUUAGGAUUCGCUAUUAGCUAAUAGGUGAUCUAGAUGUUUCAGGAUCAUAUAUAGAGCAAAAAGACCCAACUUUCUUAAUAUUGUUAGCUCUAUCUUUUUUACUAAAUUUUUCCAUUUGAUCCUGUCCUUUGCCUCUUGCCCCUAUUUAUUCAUAACAAACUUUUUUAUAUCUAUCUUUACGUCUUCUAUCCAUUUCUUCUUUGGUAUUCCUUAUUUGUCUUUCCUCCUUUACCUACCUUUGCUGUAUUCUAUAAAUAUUUUUUCAGAAGACGUAUCCCAGCUAAGGUUGCCAGGUGGCCAAACCUAAUUAUUAAAACGGUACAAUAAAAAAAUGAUAAGAUUUUCUUAACUGAAAAAAAAUAAGCAAAAACUUCUUCUCUUCAAUUUAAACUAUAGAACAAAAAAAUUUCUUCCCUUUGAAUUACACAAUAAAAAAUAAUUAUUUAUAUUUUUUGGUUUACCGAAACCUGCUUUAAGAGCUCAUUUCUUUCAAAAUUUAUUUAUAAAAAUCCUUACAUCUCAAUUUAAAUUCUACAACCAACAUUUUGGCAACAGUGUCGACAUACGUUUUUCGUCCAUUGCUGACCUAUUAAGAAAGCUCUUUCAACGUUUGCGUUAUCUGGGAUAAAAAAAAGUAAUAUUGACAACUUGUUAGGAAUUCUGAAAAGCAAUCUUGACUUAUCAUUGAUUUGAAAUAGGCUACUCAUUUUUUAUGAGCUAACAGCUUCUUGAAAUCAACGUUCUUUUAGUUAGUGAUUAGAAAACGAGGGACGGGCGGCAGUUGGGCCUGCAUGAGCGACCGAUAUUCGACUCUCGUCGCUUGCGCUCGACCACGCUCGUUUGCGAAAUGUAAAAAGCCUUACAAAAGGCCUAUCUAUGUCCGGCUUUAUCCGGACGUCUGGGCACGCUAGUCCCAGCCAUAACUCUUUGUGCACUUGAGCAAUAGAUGGUUGAUCGCAAACGAUUCUUAUUUUUACAUUCGUUCUUCUCCAGACUCCUUCAUCAGAAUAUGAAUUUCUCCACAAAUAUUUUUCACUCCCACAUUUUCAAUUUAUUUGCAGCCUCUUUCAAUAAUAUCCAUAGCUCGAAGCAGUUGGCCGAAAAACUGUUAUAUAAUCUGUAGUUUUACAUUGCAGUUUUCUGUAGCUUUGUUUUCCUUUCAAAUUCUUUUUCCCAUCUCUUGAAAUCCUUUUUUUUUAUUUGUAAUUGUUACUCCCAGAUAUUCAAAUUAGAUCACCUCUUCAAGUAUCCUUCUUCUUUUUCCAUUUGCUGAUCCAGGAUCAUAGUUUCCAAAAAACUCUUGUGGUAAUUUAUUUUUCAUUUUAAUCUGUCAUUCUAAUAAUUAUAACACUAACAACUAUCUGUGAGAUAAAAAUGAUAAAAUGUUGUAAUUUAAUUCUGGAAGAGAAUUAAGUAUUUUUCUGAUGGUUGAAGCACACAUUUUCUACUGUCUGCUAGUAUUUCACAUUGAAUAACUUGUAAACACAUUUUGGAACUAUUAAAAAUAUUAUAAA